UUCAGUUCAGUUGCACACAGCUGGACACACAUACAAGGGUAGGCCUUAGGCAAUCAAAGUGCUUGUGCUCUUUAGAUUGUUUACUUGUGGAGCAAAUGGUCAUCUGUGUUCUUUUUUAGCCGUUUCUUGCUCUCUAAAAAGUAUGGAAAAGAUUUUUCUGUCACUCCUUGUGGUCUCUCUUUUGGUGAAUAACUGGUUUACAUAUGGAGCCUCCGUGUUUGUUUCGCCCCAGAUGGCGAGCACGGUGCUGCGGAGGCAGCGUAGGUUCAACAGCGGGCACCUGGAGGAGGUGGUGCAGAGGGACAACCUGGAGCGGGAGUGCAUCGAGGAGAAGUGCAACUGGGAGGAGGCCAGGGAGGUGUUUGAGGACAAUGCCAAAACGAUGGAGUUCUGGGCUGGUUAUAUAGAUGGGGAUCAGUGUGAGUCCUCUCCUUGUCAGAACAGAGGAACGUGUGAGGAUGGAAUGGGUUCCUAUGUGUGCUGGUGUCCCACUGGCUUUGGUGGAAAGAACUGUGAGAUAGAGAUUGCUCGUCAGUGUGCCGUGGAUAACGGCGGCUGCAUGCAUUUCUGCCUUGAAGAUAAAAAACGGGGUGCCACAUGUGCAUGUGCCCCAGGAUACCGGCGGGGGGCAGACAAGAUGACCUGCGAACCACUAAGUCAAUACUCCUGUGGUCGGAUUGGCAAAACCAUAAAGGACAAAGAAUCCGGAAGAUCUGUCACAGACGCGGAAACAGUUAACCUGAAUGACAUGUUAUUCAACGCCCACCUGAACAUGUCGGAUCAAACCUCCUCUGAGAACAACACCCUUGACCUCACCAACAGCACAGCCAGUCCACUAGAGGUUAACAGCACCCAGCAGCCAGCAGUAAACAAUUGGACAAUUCCUCUCUGGCAUUUCUACCCGACCCUGAGAACAAUCAUCCCUGAAUCAUCCAUAGACGAGCGAAUCGUCGGCGGAGAUGAGGCCACUCGAGGAGAGAUUCCAUGGCAGGUGGCUAUAUUCAACAAAACCACCAAUGUAAUGUUCUGUGGAGGCUCACUACUGAGUGAAGUCUGGGUCAUCACAGCAGCCCACUGUAGAGCUGAGAGCCAGGGACCUUUGUUCAUCCGAGUAGGGGAACAUGACAAGCGCGUGACUGAAAAAAGUGAGCGUGACCACGAGGUGGACGACGUCAUCCUCCACCCUAGUUACAAUGCCAAGAAGAGCCUCUACAACCACGACAUCGCCCUGCUCCACCUUCGGGAUCCCGUCAUCUUCUCCGACUACAUCAUCCCCAUCUGCCUGGGCACCAAGGACUUCACCGAGUUCCUCCUGAGAGACGGCUCCAUGGCCCUGGUGAGCGGUUGGGGCCGGACGUUCUUCAACCGCCGCGUGUCGCACACACUGCAGAAGGUCGAGGUACCCUACGUGGACCGGACUGAGUGUAAGCGCAGCAGCAAUGACCCUGUGUCCCGCUUCAUGUUCUGCGCCGGCUACAAGACCCUGAAGAAGGACGCGUGCCAAGGGGACAGCGGCGGACCACACGCCACCAAGUACAAGGACACCUGGUUCCUCACGGGCAUCGUCAGCUGGGGCGAGGAGUGCGCCAAGGACGGCAAGUACGGCAUCUACACACGUAUCUCCAAGUACUUCCACUGGAUCUCCAACGUCACAGGCUUGACUCUCGCGCACACAAAAUGACCAAGGACCCAAAACAAAUGAAAACAUGUCAUAAAGGGGAAUGCAAAAUGUCUUACGCUUGUCUCAAUCUAUACAAUGACAGCGCUCUAGUUAAAGAAAUGUGCUGUGUCUUCAGGUAAACAACAUGCAGCAUCAAAGGUUGUGAAGGAUGCAUCGAAAAAAAAUGUAAGCUUUCUAAGCAUUCCAUAGAGACUGAUGAUAUUUAUUUAAUUCAAAAUAAUUCACUCAAGAGUAAAAUAAAGAAAGAAAGAAAUAAAGAUGUCCUCUCAAAAUA